AUGUCCCCUUAUGAAGUACUGUAUGGUAGAAGAUGUAGAUCACCUAUUUGUUGGGAUCAGGUAGGAGAAAGAAUGCUACUCAGUCCUGAGAUAGUACAUAUUACUACUAAGAAGAUUCAACAGAUACGUGAGAGGCUUUGUAUAGCUCAAAGCAGGCAGAAGAGUUAUGCCGAUAAUAGAAGAAGAAAGUUAGAGUUUGAAGUCGGCAAUCAUAUUUUCCUUAGAGUAUCACCUAUUAAGGAAGUGAUAAGAUUUGGAAGAAAAGGAAAUUUAAGUCCGAAAUAUAUUAGACCUUUUGAGAUUCUGGAGAAAGUCGAAGAUGUAGCAUACAAAGUUGCAUUGCCUCUAGAGUUAGCUAAAAUUCAUAAUGUUUUCCAUGUAUCAAUGCUGAUGAAGUGUAUACUUGAUCCGAAUCACGUAUUGAAUUAUGAGCCUCUUGGGAUCAGGAAAGAUUUGACAUAUUCAGAGUAUCCAGUUAGAAUUUUAGACUAG